CCCAAAUGCUCUCAUUCCUGCGCAAUGCUCGCUUGCAGCGCACUGCUCGCUCGUGGACUACUGCUCAUAGUCGUGAUCUGAACUGCUCCGCCAUCUUGCGUCAGGAAGAAACAGAGAAAGAUGACGCGGAAGAUGUACCCGCUAAGGAACGCUCCGGCUUUCGAGACGUGUCGUUUGAGCAGUGGCUGAGGACGGAAGGCAAAAAGUACGAGACAUCACGUCGGCCACGGAACUGGCUGGGUGGCGAAGUACCUUUCCCCCUAAACCGCACCUUCAGACCUCCCCCACCCAUCUCGGAUCGACUUCGUGCCGUGAUCUACAAUGAGUUCAUGUCCAAUCCUGCUGUUUACACUGUACGAACGCUGUCGGAACGGAAGGGCAUCAGCAUGCAGCGAGUUGCUGCGAUUUUGAGGCUGAAGGGUUUGGAAGAGAAUUGGCGGAAGGGCAAGCCUCUGCAAACCGGUUUCCUAGUCGGGAUGGAAGAGAUUCUCGGCAUCACGGAAAGGAAACAGACUCGGCAAUCGCAGAUUGAAUUGGCUGGUACGGAGGGAAUUCAAGAGUUGGGCGGAGACGCCAGUCAAGCCGAUCGGCAAAUGGAAGAAGGCAAUGAUCGUGCUCGUGAACGUUAUCAACGGCUGUUCUGGGAGCCGGUCGUUGAGGGCUACGAGCCCAUCAUUCCUGCAGAGUUGGAGCGCGCUGCCACUGUGCACCAUGAGAAAGCUAAACAAGAAGCGAGCUUGAAGUUAAUACUCGCACGCGUGCCUCCGGUUAAGCAUGAAACACACAUUGUCGAAAAGGAAGGCCGACCUCCUAUAGAGUUUGUUGAUGUAGGCAGCAAGUAUGUCGACAUCGACGAUCGUUUGCGCAGGUUGAAGGAAAGUGAGCGACGAUCGCAACUCAAGGCGAAGAGGAGAGCACGGAAGGCUAGUUUGAAGCGGGAAAGAGCAGCUGUAGUCGCGCCCGCAGCGACGGAUUAG